AUGGUAGAGGUAGAGGAGAUGAACACAGAGGUAAUGUUGAGAAUAAUGUUUGUAGGACAGAUGGUUGUGGCUGAAACCUUUUUUGACCCCAUUUCCGAUUUGAAAUCUCAAUUGGGUCAGGCCCAAGAGGAGCUGAAAGAGCAGUUGGCUUUUGCGGAAGCUGAUAAGAAAGAAGCUCAGGAAGAGCUAGAGAAGAAGACUAAGGAGCCAGCCGCAGAGGAGGCCACUAAGGAGGUAGAACACCUUCCUCCUCCUCAAGGGGAAACCCAUGAACCCAAUGAGGAAAUCAGCAUUGGACAACUUGGUUCAUCGUUGAACAACUUUAACGCGAAGCACCAGAAGAAGUUGAGGGUGCAGACAGAGACAGAGCAAUGGAGGAAGGCAGCUGAUGCAGCAACGGCGGUGUUGGCCGACAGAAUGGAGAUGAACGGGAGGGUGACAGAAAGGUGUGGCUCAAUGGACAAGCACCUGAACAACGGUGGCCUUGAAACGGCUGGUGGUGGAUACACCGGAUUCGAUAACUUGCACUAUUCGCUGCUGCAGUGA